AUGUCCACAACAAAACGUAAAAUGCUGGACACCUCCGUUAUCCCUAAAAGACUCAACGAAUUUCGUGAAUCUAAUCAAGGUGAAUUCAAAACUUGUGAUGCCAAAGCAUACGCUGAAUACGUAGCACAAGAUACGAAUGGAUCAUUGCCAUGUCUGGUUACCGACAAGCAUUUAUCUCGUGUUUUAGCACGUCAGGAACCUCGUAUGGAAUUACCUAUGCAUCUUAGAUCAUUAGAACGAUGGCAAAGCGAACAUUUAACACCAAGAAAGCUCGGUGGAAGAAUAGAACAGGAGGAGAAACCAAUGAAAGCACCGACGUCAUCAGAGCGUAAUACAGUAGAACCUAUUGUUUGGCUGAAAUUUGAGGCAGAACACAAUACACGUGAUGCUGCCUAUCAGUUAAUCCGACUUCGUAGAAAACUUGGUCUUCCAAUCCAAAUACCUCUCCAUGGUCCUGGAGGAAAACGAGCACUCGAAGAAUAUCUUACUGACUCCAAAAAUGAACAGUCUCCACAUACGGAAAGAAAUGGAAUCUUUUACUAUUGUUUACUAGCCGGUCGAGAUAAACAUUAUGCACCUUAUAAUCCAUAUGAGUUAGAGAUUCAAUCAGACGAACUUGCAGUGAUUUCUUUACCUUUCUUUUGGACCGUAUCUGCUUUUAACGUUACUUAUGUGGAUCGAGUAGAUUCUUCUCAGACGCAAACCACUCCAGCUCUGGUUUGGUUAUGGGAACGAUAUCGAUAUAAUUAUUUGACUACUCAGUUAUCAUGUUUCUCAAACUUUCGAAAAUGGCGAACGUUUCAUUGUUGGUGGUCAAAUGUUCAACUUGAAAAACGUCGACGGACAAUUGCAUUUCAUAAUCGGAAGCUUUUCUAUGCAAACGAAAUCUUCCAAGGUGUUCUUAUUCAUGUCAAAGCUAUGUGCGAAGCUUACUAUUAUGGUGAAACAGAUCGUGUCAAGCCGUUGUGUUUACUCGAUCGUUCUGCAUAUCAAGAAACAUUAACUCUGCAAGAAUUUAGUCGACGUCAAUUUGCACAAAUGAAUGUGACAACAAUAAAAUUACACGAACUGAUCGAUCAAGUAGCUGUACUCGCAGCGAAUGCUUGUCAAAAAGCUGUUGAGUUAGAAGGAAUACCUGUGGACGCUUUACUCGAUCCAAGUCUCUAUCGACACGCGGACGAUGAAGACGAACUGAAACGAAUCACACAAUCAUAUCUCGAAGCGCAAGAAUCACGAGCAACGGUUGUAAACGACGCAACUAUCAAAAUCAAACCGAAUCCAAAAUACGGUCCAAGUUUUGCUGAACGAAAACGUUGGCGUGAUAUAUUAAUUCGCUUAUCGGAAUUUCUACGCUUAGUUGAUUAUGUCGUUUUGGAAUUUCUUCGCCGUUUGGUCAAAUCAUGUGUACGAGAUUUGUUCAUUCAUUUACGUGAAUCGUUUGCCGUGGAAUUUAAAAUCGCCGACUCAGCACAACAAAAUGAUGAAGAUACAGAUGAACGAUUUCACUUAGUACGCGAAAAAUCUGCGUCCUCUGCUCGAAGUCUUCGAGCUAAACAAGCGCUUCGACCAGAAUCACAAGCAACAUCUCGUACGAAUGUUGACUCAGAGGCAGAAAGGUACGAACCACGUGGCAUUUUAAAAAGUGAAAAUCUUGAUCAAGAUGAUUUAUAUGCAGUUGUAGAACCAGAUGACAUGCUUGAUUUACCUCGUAUUCGGACUGGUACGAAUAAAGUUCCUCCGCCAAUGUUUGAAGUGAAUCUCUUGUUAAAAUUCUAUCAAAUACCAAAACAACAUACCAAUGAUCUGGAAGAUGAUUCGUCUUCUGGAAGUUUCUCGGAAAGUAGGGAUCGAGUAACCUACGAAAUCAGUCCCAAUGAAUACGAGUUCAAAAAUACCAUGCGAGACAUCGUCAGCGGAUUAGAAGUAUUUGUUGGUCAAAUACCGAGUCUUCGUGAUCACCCAACCUUACAUUUAUUUUGUACAUUUCCAAAUUUUGAAUCCACUAGUUCUCAAGGUCGAAUACCAAUUCAUGUUUCGAAAACUCGUUGGCCAGAUGUUGAUUUCCUAUUUGGUGAUGAUGUUGAUCAUCAAGAAAUCAUUGUUGACGCAUUAAAUACGAUCAAUCAAUCGUUAGUGAACGUUCAGAGUUUUAUUCGACGAUAUCAAAAAUACUGCGACAUGGUUCUAAGUUGUAAACAAUUACACAUUGAAGAGAAACUGAAAAAUCAAGAACUGAAUACCGAAGAUAUACAUUUCUUGAUGACAAAACAUACACAACAAUUACAGAAAAUGCAACAGAUGAUUGUUGAGCAACGUGUUGGACUUAUUCUACUCAAAGCUCAACAUCUCCAUGAUGAUUCGAUCCCAUAUCCGAAACGGGUCAUUGCUGCUAUCGGAGAAUAUUUACCACCGGUUGCAGUUGAAAAGAAUGAACGAAUGCAACGAACGAUUCGAGAUGUUUUGAAACAAUUGGAUCGCGAUCCACGAUCUGUCGAAGAAUUCGUUCAACAUUUAGCAACAUUAAAUAAAGUGAAUAGCGACUUAGGAAAUCUGGAAAAUGAAUUUCAAACAAUCUCGAAAAUGUUUCACAUUAUCAAAGACUUUGCAAUCAAAAUUGCACCUGAAGAUUACUCAUUAUAUCGUUCUUUAGCACCUAUUUACCAUCAAUUAAAAUCGAGUUUACUCUACACAGAAGCUCAAUGCGAUGAAAACAUUCAAAAAUUUACUAUUGAAUUGGAUGAUAUGAUCAGUCGUUUGUAUAGUCAAACUGUUGAAUUAAAAAAUCGAUCAAAAGAUCCAACUCUAUUGACAAGCGAUACCCGUCCUCAAACAGCGCUGGACAUCAUUUCAGUUCUACAAGAUUCGCUAGCUCGAUUGAACGAAAAAGCAAAGAAUUAUACAACAUAUCAAGAACGUUUCAAUCAGAUUAGUAAGCAAUCAACUAAGAAACGUAUUCUCGGUGAUUACCAAAUGACAACGAAAUUUCGUUCUCAAACAUCUGUUGUCAGUCUCCAUAGUCUUUAUAAUGAAUUGACUGAUAUCGAACAGGACAUUAAUCUUCGCAAGCUAUUGUGGGAAUCUCAACAAAAUUGGACAAAACUUCAUCGUGAAUGGACAAACACGGUGCUCGAUUCGAUCGAUAUCGAUCUUUUACAGAAAGAAGUGAAUAAGUUUAUUCAGAAUAUUUACAUUUUGGAGAAAGCAUUACCUCCGAAUAAUAUCAUUCCAAUAUUGAAAGAACGUGUGAUGGAGUUCAAAGCAGCAAUGCCUGUUAUCUUAGCCUUGCGUAAUCCAAACAUGAAAAAACGACAUUUUGAUCGGUUGAGAGUACUGAUCGGCAAAGAUAUAAUUGAUGAUGAAUUUCUAAUGUUAAAUAAGUUACUCCGACCAGAUAUUUUACAAUUAAUAGAUAAAAUAACCGAUGUCUCGUCAUUGGCAUCCAAUGAAGCUGCAUUAGAGACGAUGUUGAAUAAAAUUAUCGAAAGAUGGAGAUCAUUAGAUUUUCGUUUAAUACCACAUGCCGGCAAAGACACGUUUAUUAUCAUCGGUUACGAAGAUAUUCUCCAACACCUUGAAGAAAGUCAAAUAACAAUGGCUACGAUCAAAUCGUCGAGAUAUAUCAGUCCUAUUCGACAAUUAGUUGAUGAAUGGGAUAAACGUUUGACUUUAUUAGCGAAAACCAUCGAUGAAUGGAUAACAUGUCAACGACGUUGGCUUUAUCUGGAACAGAUUUUUUCGACACCUGAUAUUCAGCUCACUCAAGAGACGAAAAUUUUCACACAAGUUGAUAAACAAUGGAAAGAGUUAAUGAGAAGAACAGAACAACAACCGAAUGCAUUGAAAGCAGCAACACAUCCAGGAACAUUAGAUUCAUUGCAAACAAAUAAUGUUCUGAUGGAGAAAAUUCAACGAGCACUUGAGGACUAUCUAGAAACGAAACGAUUGGCUUUUCCGCGUUUAUUUUUUCUCAGUAAUGACGAUCUUUUAGAUAUUCUUUCGCAUGCCACUGAUGCUAAUUGUGUUCAACCACACCUUCGAAAAUGUUUUUCGAAUAUAUUCUACCUUCGUAUUGUCAAAUCACCCACAGAGAUGGUCACUAGUAUGCAAUCUGUUGAAGGUGAGGUCGUUAAUUUUACGAAAACAAUUCGACCAAGAGGUGUGGUUGAGCAGUGGCUUACUGCAGUCGAACUAGCUAUGUACGAUUCGGUAAAACAACAUCUUAAAGCUGGCUUAGCAGAUAUAAAGAAUGCAGAUUUUAUCGAAUGGACAUUGAAACACCCUGGUCAGAUUGUUCUCACUAUAUCUCAAGUGAUUUAUACACUACAAGUGAACAAAACAUUUGAUUCUUCAUCAACAAACACUGAUCAAGCACUUCUUCAAAUCCGCGAUCAAAUGAUGACCACAAUCAAAAGCGUCUGCGCACUUGUGUUUGCUCAAAUCGAACACACAAAAUUGCUGACUGUAGAAGCUCUAUUAACACUACAAGUACAUUGGCGUGACAUAUUCGAAAUGUUGAUUAAACAUCACAUUCGAGAUAAGAAUGAUUUUGAAUGGCAAAAACAUCUUCGAUAUGAAUGGAGCGAUACAGAAACGAAUUUUCACAUUUUACAAGGCGAUGCUUCAUUUCCCUACGGAUAUGAGUAUCUAGGAUGUUCAAGUCGAUUGGUUGUUACCCCGUUAACUGAUCGAUGUUAUCUGACAUUAACUGGUGCAAUAAAACUUAAUCUUGGCGGUGCACCAUCAGGACCUGCUGGAACGGGAAAAACAGAAACUGUAAAAGAUUUAGCGAAAUCAUUUGGAAAACUUUGUUUAGUCUUCAAUUGUUCAGAUGAACUGGAUCAUAAGACUCUUGGGAAAAUGUUUAGCGGAUUAGUUCAAUCUGGAUCAUGGUGUUGUUUUGAUGAAUUCAAUCGUAUUGAUGUCGAAGUUUUGUCUGUUGUUGCUCAACAGUUAUUAACUAUUAAAACAGCAAAAGAUUCGCAUGCUCUACGAUUUUCAUUUGAUGGUCGCGAAAUCAAACUGAAUUCUUCCUGUGGAUUUUUUGUGACUAUGAAUCCAACAUAUUCUGGUCGUGUUGAAUUACCUGAUAACUUAAAACCUAUGUUUCGACCGAUUGCAAUGAUGAUUCCACACUAUGCUUUGAUCGGUGAAGUCAUUUUGUUUUCCGUUGGUUUCAUUUCUGCCAAAGUUUUAGCAACAAAAAUUGUUUAUCUGUACAAUUUGUCCAAUAGUCAAUUAUCUCAGCAAGAUCACUAUGAUUUUGGUAUGCGAGCUAUCAAAGCUGUUCUAUUAACUGCAGGUGAAAUCAAACGAUCGCAAACGAAAGAUCCAAAUCUAACCGAUGAACAAUCUGAAGAAAACAUCAUGAUACAAGCAUUAGUCGAAUCAAAUCUUCCGAAGUUACUCAAAGAAGAUGCAUUACUUUUUCUCGAUAUUCUUCGUGAUCUUUUUCCACAAGCGGGAAAGAAGUUACACGAACACGAAAUAAUCCAACAAGCAAUCGAACGUGCCAUCAAAGAUCUAAAUUAUGAAUAUUGGCCAACACAAGCAGACAAAGCUCUGCAACUUUACAAUCAAAUUGUCCUUCGACAUGGUACAAUGUUAGUUGGCGGAGCNCCGAAGUUACUCAAAGAAGAUGCAUUACUUUUUCUCGAUAUUCUUCGUGAUCUUUUUCCACAAGCGGGAAAGAAGUUACACGAACACGAAAUAAUCCAACAAGCAAUCGAACGUGCCAUCAAAGAUCUAAAUUAUGAAUAUUGGCCAACACAAGCAGACAAAGCUCUGCAACUUUACAAUCAAAUUGUCCUUCGACAUGGUACAAUGUUAGUUGGCGGAGCGGGCGGUGGAAAAACUGCAGUACGAAAUAUUCUUCAAAGAGCAUUGACUUAUAUACCAACCAUGAUAAAAGAUGAAACACAAGCUCGACAAAAUCGAUUGGCUACUAUUGAUGUGACUGUUCUGAAUCCAAAAGCAAUGCAAAUAUCUGAAUUAUAUGGAGCAGUCAACCCAGAUACGUUAGAAUUUACUGAUGGAAUGCUGGCAACUACAAUGCGAACAUAUGCUAAAAAUCAAGAAUCUCACAUGAAUACUGACAAAAGCGAACAACACUACGUUGAUCAUUGGCAAUGGUUAGUUCUUGACGGGCCGAUUGAUACUUUAUGGGUUGAAAAUUUGAACACGCUUCUUGAUGAUUCGAAAAUUCUUUGCUUGGCAAAUGGCGAACGUAUUGGAUUGUCUGGACACACACGAAUUCUCUUCGAAGUUGAUUCAUUAGUGAAUUCAUCGCCUGCUACUGUCAGUCGUUGUGCAAUGGUUUAUUUCGAUCCAUCGGAUCUUGGUUAUACGCCGUUUUUGAAUCAUUGGUAUCGAUGUAAACUACCAGCGGAAUUUCCGCCGAGUGCAGUGGAGUUUCUUCGAGAAUUGAUGGAAUUCUCGUUGGACAAAGGCUUCACGUUUCUUAGUCAGUUAAAAGAUCCAUGGCAUAUGCCUGUAUCGAAAUUAAACAUUUUGCAAACACUCUGCUAUUUGUUAUCAACAUUCUUGAAUUAUCUCGAUAAAUAUGGUGGAUUCGGAGAAGAAGAUCAACGAAGUGCGGCAACAGCACCUGCACCAAACGAGCCUCCGAAACCUUACGGUUUGAAGCAGCAUGCACAAGGAGAUGAACUGGUGAUCUAUGUUCUCAACGAUAAAAAACAAUAUUAUCUGCAGAAAAAUCCGAAAAACAUUCGCCAAUGUCUUAUACGUAUCUAUAUCUUCUGCUAUGUUUGGAGUUUUGGCGGUGGAUUAAAACGAGAAGAUAAUUUCGAAGAUGAUAAUAUUAUCAACCAGAAAGAACAAAUUAAAGCUGAACGAGAUUUGACAACUCAAGAAUUCGAUACUUUUGUUCGUGAUUUGUUCGGUGCAAAUAUUAACUAUUCUGUUUACUUACCACCGGAUGUACGAAUGGUAUACGAUUAUAUGAUUGAUUUAAAUACAUUUGUAUAUCAUGAAUGGGAAUCGCUUGUUCCUAAAACUGAACAAUUAAUCAAAAGCGAACAAACAUCAUUGGUAAUUCCAACAGUUGAUAUUGUUCGAUUUUCAUUCCUCAUUACUUCGAUACUUAUCCAUAAAAUUCCCGUUCUUCUAACUGGCAACAGUGGCGUUGGAAAAACAUUGCUUAUCGAAGCGAUGCUUCGAUCUUUAACUCUACCUGAUGGAAAUUUCAUUCGACCUGGCACAAUCCUAGGUGAUGUAUUAGAAUAUAAUGCAACGCGUGGUGUAGCAACAAGUAAAUUAGCACAGAGCAAUGAUGUACCAGCAGAAGCGCCGAAAGGCGAUGGAAAUGCUCUUCAUCGUUCGAAAUUGAAAAAUAAUACGAAAUGA